AUGGAAUUCAUCAAAGUAGAAUUGGCAGGAUGUAUCAUUAAAGACCUUCUCACGCAUCCAUUUUCUGCUCGCCCGCUUUAUGAACAAAUAUCUAUUGUAAAUGCUGGGCGGCCAACUCCAGAACUUCCGAAUUUAACUCAUCAAAGUGCAAAAUUUCAAAGGCAUUUUCAAACAACCAUCUACUCAAAAUGUAAUUGGUUGACUGGCAGCCCUGAAUUAAAUGCUCUAUUUUGUUGGAAUUGUCUGCUUUUUGGUCAUGACAGACAGAGUAGUUGGACAAAGACAGGAUUCACCAAUUUAAACAAUUUAGUAAAUGCUGUAAAUAGACAUGAAGUUACAGUUACUCACCUGCGAGCCUCUUUGUGUUUUUUAACUUUUGGCUCAAAUAAAGGAGACAAGCUAUCGGAUAACCAACUGGAUGCUGAGAUAUCAUUGCACAAUCAAAAAGUUCGGCGAAAUAGAGAAAUUUUAAGACGAUUGAUAAAUGCUGUGAGCUUUUUGACAAAACAAGAGCUUGCAUUUAGAAACAAAGAUAAGAAAGAAAUAUCAAAUAACAGUGGAAACUACGUAGAGCUGCUAAAAUAUACUGGGAAUUAUGAUUCUCUUCUUGCCGAUCACUUGGAAAACCCCACUAAGUUUGAUGGCACGGCUAUCGAAAUUCAAAAUGAGAUUAUUGAGGCUUGUGGUGAAACCAUUUUACAGGCAAUAAAACAAGAAUUGAAGGAGGCAUAUUUCGUCUCCAUCAUAGUAUCUGAAACAACGGAUGUCCCUACUCAAGCACAAUUCUCGAUUGUUCUCCGUUAUGUGUACAAAGGAGAAGCCAGAGAAAGAUUCCUUGGCUUUUGUGACAUUGAAGACAAGACUGCCAGAGCAAUUGUUGAGAAGAUUCGUCAAUGCUUAACAGAAUUUGAAUGCAAUGAAAAAUUAGUCGCCCAAGCAUAUGAUGGAGCUCUUUUCAUGGCCAAUCAUUUAAAUGGUGUCCAAGCACAACUCAAAGGCACGCACCCCUUUGCGUCUUUUGUUUAUUGCUACAUUUACGAAAUCAAUAAGGUGCUCUCUAAGAACGUUACACUCAUUCCUGAAUGCAAAAUUUUCUUCAGUUCUGCAAGUUUGAUAGCAGCUUUUUUUUCUCAAUCAUCAAGACGUGGAAAAUAUUUGGAUGAAUUUCUUUCCAGGCGACUUCCACAGAUUUGCCCCACAGGGUGGAAUUAUUCAUCUCGACUCAUCAGCACAUUGUGUGGAAACAGGUCUCUUCUUAUAAAUGUUUUUGAAACCAUGCUUGCAUGUCCUGAUGAGGUUGAAGCUGAUAUUUUGGCGUCUGCAAACAGUUUUUUGAGCUUGUUUGAAGACUUCCAGUUCAAUUUCCUUCUGAAAAUGUUCAACAAGAUAUUUGCCUACACAGACCUGCUUCAUGAUGUUUUACAGGAUCAGCUGUCUGACAUCUUAAACUGCCAUCAGACGAUCACUGAUGUCCAACUGAACAUUGCCUCGCUUUAUGAUGAUUUUGAAAAUGUCUAUAGAGAUACUGAAGAAUUAGUUGGGGAACCAUCUAAGAAGAAAAGUACGGAUUACAAACUUUUGUACUACGAAGUGAUUGACACUAUUGUUAAUCAAAUAGAGUUCCUUUUCUUAGAUUAUAGGAAACUCACGUUUCUGAGUCUUCUUUCUCAUCACCAUUUUUGGGCGUACGAGCAGACAUUUCCUUAUGAUCCUUUUCAGAGUCUUCUUGACAGUUAUGGUAAAUUUUUUGAUGAGGGCCGUCUGAAAAAUGAAUUAAUUGUUGUGUACAGUAGUGAAGAGUUUUCCGAGAAAACCUUGGCAGACAUGGCAAAUAUGCUUAAUGCCAACGCUUUUCUUAGAAAUAGUUUUCCUCAGCUAGAUCGACUGGUGUCCUUACUCUACACAGUACCCAUCAGCACCACCUCAGUCAAUAGUUCUGUUUCGACUUUAAGAAGAGUUAAAAAUUACUGUCGAUAUAACUCAGGGGAAGAACGAAUAUCACAUCUCCCUCUUCUUUCCAUUGAAAGAGAUCUCAUGGCUCAGUUACAAAGUGACAACCAAUUUUAUGAGGAUGUUUACAGCUUUUUCUCUCAAAAUGAACAUCGUAAAAUGGAUUUUGACUAUCGGUGA